CAAAGAGUAAAUAUCGCUGGCUUCGAAUCCACUUCUCACAGUUCUCGGUAGAAAUUUAACAUUCAAAAUCAUGAAAAUGGUCGAUACAAGUCUAUUCGAGCAUAAUACACUGCAGUUGAGAAAAAAACGAAGUAAUCGGAGACCUCGUACGCAGAAUUUGCUUUUACGUAUACCAAAGCCGUUGAAAGUUUUAACAGAUUUAAGAAUUUCACACUUGAAAUGGGAAACCGAGAUGGUAUUAGAUUUUAAAAUUGACCCGAAAGAAGUAAACAAAGGCAUUUUACAGCAUCCCGUUGUGAUUCUAAGACGUCGUGCGUGCGGACCGAUUCCAAAAGAAAAGGAAAUUCUACGGCCCAUACUACCAAAUUUUCUCAAGAAUAUCAAUGCCUUAUACGGGACUAUUAUUCAUUCCGAGACCAAGGAUCUAGGCUAUGAAUUCAAAGAGCUCGAAUUCGGAGAGUCUACCGUCUACGACAUUUACAAGCAUGGACCUGAUUACAAAAAACUACUAUCCGAGCGCAAAAAAGAAAUUGGACUACAUUUGCCACGAUCAACUCGGCAAUACAAAAUGGUCGACUAUGGCUCGGAAAUUACGAAAAACAUGGAAUUAAAAACUUUCGAAGAUUCCGUAGCAUUCCAUAAUCUGUGCAAUAAACUAAUUGAUGAACCGUUCAGAGGCUGUCUAGGUAUCAAUUAGAUCCACAAAGGAGG